UAUAAAAAAGCUGUGGGCAACUCAAUGUGCAGAUUUCUGGCAGCCCUUCAAAAGGUAUGUAAAGUCAGAACAAAAUUCCAAGGCAGAACAACAGAAGGGCAAGGAAGAGAGACCCAAACAAAAGAGAGCAGCAAGGCAAGCCGAGACCAUCAAGAUCCAGACAGACGGUUUCCACUGAGGUAAAUUGUGCAAAGCUAGACGAGGGAUCCUGUUGGUUGAGCGGCAAGUUGAACCACAUGUCUGAGAGCCAGUGUGAUAUGGAGAGCUCUGAAGAGUUGGAGCCCUCUCGACGAGGGAGGAGGCCCAAAACCUCCCGGUCUUGCCGAGCCGGGCUGAUAUUUCCGGUGAGCCGCAUAGAAAGAUUCCUCCGGAGAGGAGACUAUGCUGAGCGGAUUGGAUCAGGGGCUUCGGUUUACAUGGCUGCCGUGCUCCAGUACAUGACAUACGAUAUUGUGGACAUUGCUGGAAACAUUGCUGCCAACGAUCACAAGCGCCGAAUUGCCCCCCGGCACUUACAUGAGACUAUCCAUUGUGACUCUGAACUCCAGUGGCUGCUUGGAGGCACCAUCCUCCCACAAGGGAGAGCCACAUCCAAGAAACGGCCAGCAGCCUCCACCCGGAGAGGGAGGGGCAAGAAGACUGCCCACUCUGUAAGGAGAAGUCAUAAUGCUGCUGUCGCUGCUUAAGUCAAGAAGAUGCUGCC